AUUCGCGAUGUUGAAGUGAAAUGGGUACUGUAAUAACACUUCCAAAAAUAAAUGUAAUCUAUUAAAACGAGUUAUUGUGCUACAUAUUCACUGUAACUGCUUUUACCCAUAAACCGAGAAGACAGGCUAAUACCUUUUUAACUGCUUGAAAAAGCUUGUUAUGAAACCAGUUGAUCUGUUUUGAAGCAAUAUUAUUUGGUACAUGACGGAAUGGCCAAAGCAUCUGUUGUAUUGAGCUUCCAUGAGAUUUUAUUACACCAGUCAGAUGUAGAACUUUUGGAAGGCCCAUACUGGCUGAAUGAUACAAUUAUAUCAUUUUAUUUUGAAUAUCUAGAAAAAGUAAUAUUCCUUAAUACAAAUGAAUUAUUAUUUAUUUCUCCUGGAGUUACACAGUGCAUAAAAAUGGUGGACACUGAAGAAAUUAAAACAUUUUUAGAACCACUUGAUAUCAACAGUAAAAAAUUUGUUUUCUUUGCCUUGAAUGACAAUGAUUCUCCAGACACUGCAGGUGGCUCACAUUGGAGUCUUCUUGUUUAUUCAAGGCCAGAAAGUUGUUUUUAUCAUUUAGACUCAUCAUCAGGAAGUAAUCAUAAUGUUGCUUGGGAGUUUGCUAGUCACCUUAUUUCAUAUUUUUCAAAAACAGCAUCGAUUAAUUUUGUGAAUAAAGAAUGUCUGCAACAGAGCAAUGGAUAUGACUGUGGCAUUCAUGUCAUUUGUAACACUGAAAGAUUAGCAGAUUGGGCUCACAAAUAUGGACAAAUAGAGUCAUGCGAUAUGCUAUACAAAAUCAAUCCAAGUGUGAAGAGGAAAGAAAUAAUCAACAUAAUACAUAACUUAUCUGAUUCACCAUAAACCUCAUGUAACUUAUGUGCUCAGUAUAAAAUUAUACACAACUGUUGUUUUAUUGUCACAAUUAAUAUAUUGUCAAAUUAUAAUCAAAACAAAUCUGCUGAAGAAAGUAAAUUUUACAUUUAAAAAUAAAUACAAGUUCCUAUAAAUGGUAUGAAAAUUGUAAAAUUUUGCAAAUUAUUGUCUUGAAAUGAAAAUGAAAUUGAAAUGAAACGAAAAUAUCUUUAUUCAAGUAGGCUAUUACAAGCACCUUUGAAUCGUCCAAAAAAAGUUUUUUUCCCUACCACUUGUUCAGGACGUCUUUUAGCUGACAAGAAGAACAAGCGAAAGAAACUUACCAGCUCUUUAUCAUAAGUAAUGACAUUUACAUAAAUCAUGUCAUUACCAAAAUAAUAUGUAUUAUCACAAUAAUAAUACAACUUUCAAAGUUCGAGGACAUAGGUUGAACAUAUAAUUAGUCUUUUAUAGAACAAAGCGAAGGCUAUUAAUUCCAUGCAUAGCGAUCCUUAAAAUAAUCAUUAACUUUAUAAUAGCCUUUACUCAUAAGUAUGUUCUUUACAUGAAUUUUAAAUUUAUAAAUUUUAUUGAACAUAGCAAUGCAUUUACACAGAAAUGAUCCUCUGGUUUUCUGAAGUCUGAAGCUUGGAAUGGCAAGUUUAUUUUUAUUUCUUGUGUUAAGAUUUUGAACACUCCUUUUUUUGUGAAGGAAUCGUAAUGUUUUCUUGCGUACAUAAUAUUUUCAUAGAUGUAUUGAGAAGUAACAGUCAAAAUAUUUAUUUUUUUAAAUAUUUCUCUGAGAGAUUCUCUUGACCGUAAAUUAUAUAUAGCGCGGACAGCUCUCUUUUGUAGAUUAAAAAUAUCUUGAAUGCUAGCCGCAGAACCCCACAACAAUAUACUUAUACAUCAUUACACUAUGAAAAUAACUAAAAUAUACCAAUCUUGCUGUUUCAACAUUUGUCAAGAGUUUAAUUUUCUUAACAGCAAAAGCUGCAGAACUCAGUCUACUUGACAAAUUAUCAAUAUGAGGAUCCCAUUGCAGUUGGGAAUCUAGUGUUAUACCAAGGAACUUUGUCGAUUCCACCAAUUCAACUUUUUCACUAUUUACAUUAGGUAAUGCAAACUUUAUACAUUUCGUUUUAUUUGAAUUAAGUAACAGAGCUGCUGAAAUUUGCAAUAAUAUUAUUACUUUAAUUAUCAUUGUGUGUAGUAAUUCCUAAUUGAUAUAAGGAAAUUAUGUAUUCCUUACUGUCGAAUGUACCAUUUCAAAAAUAGCCAUAAAUAUAUUCUAUAAAAUAUUUUAUUAAAAAUAUUCACUGUAACAACAACAUUUAUCAAGAUUAUAAGAAAUAUAGAGAUAAUUAAUUCAAACAUUUUUAUUUCACACUAGUGGCCGCCAGCGACUUCGUCCGCGUUUUCCAUUAUUUCUUCGCUCCUAAUAGUUGCAGCGUGAUGUUAUAUAGCCUUAAGCCUUCCUCGAUAAAUGGUCUCUUCAACACAAAAAGAAUUUUUCAAUUCGAACCAGUAGUUCCUGAGAUUAGCGCGUUCAAACAAACAAAAAAACGCUUCAGCUUUAUAAUAUUAGUAUAGAUAUAUCGGGUCCAGGAUGAUAAAAUAGUAACAAAAUGAAAUUAUUAACUUGACAUUAACAAACCCUACGUUCCUGCUUUUUUAUAAGACAUGCCUUUGUCAUGUGUUCGUCUUUGUAGCUACCUGAAGACUAAUCUUAUUAAACCAAUGUGUUUCUCAAAAAUCAAUUUCGACUAAUAUAUUUCUAUACCGAUUUCUAUGAUUCUUUUUUAUGGAAUACUUAAUACUGUUAACUUUUUUAAUUAGGGAUGACUGAGAGUGUUAUAAACGUAAGAGUAGACAAUAGACAAAUACAAUCAGAAAGCUUCGAAUUGCUAAGCUAUCGGGAGUUACACGUGUUAUUGUAAGUCAACCAUAAAAGAUAGACAUAUGCUGUCGUGGGAUAUUUUUAAUAUAAUUUUAAGGAGAACAUUUCGGUCAUACAUGAUUUCUGGGUAGCUUUAACCAUUAAGGUUGCACACGCGACGGAAGCUUAAAAAAUGGAGUAACUUCUCCCGUUUUCCCAACAUUUCCCUUCACUGUUCUGCUCCUAUUGAUUGUAGCGUGAUGAAAAGUAUACUAUAACCAGCUCAGGAGUAUGAAAAAUAAUUGUACCAAGUUUCGUUAGAAUCCAUCGAGUAGUUUUUGUUUCUAUAACGGUUAUACAGACAGACAGACAAAAAUUUUACUGAUUGCAUUUUUGGCAUCAGUAUCGAUUCCUAAUCACCCCUUGAUAGUUAUUUUGGAAAUAUAUUUCAUGUACAGAAUUGACCUCUCUACAGAUUUAUUAUACCUAUAUAAGUAUAGAUAAAGAUAAUUUGUAAAAUUAUGAUUUUUGUGGCUCUACCCAGCCUCCAAACGCUCUGUCUAAUUCUUCAGCUACAGCAAAACAUAAUCUAUCAUUGUUGUGGUUAGACACAACUUGUAUGCCAAUUGGUAGUCCCUCACGACCCAACCCUUAAGGCACUGUAGUUAUCGGCAGUCCAAGACAAUUUAUAAUGGCAGUAUAAGAAAAGUUAAAUGCUUUUAGUAAUGGUUCAUUGUGGUAUGGUGCUGGUGUUGGAUGUGUUGGAUAUAAGAAAACACCAUUUUCACCAAGCAUAUCAGUAAAUAUUUUCUCUAAGUGGUCUCUUACUUUUAAGUAAUAUUUAUACUUCUCACUCCCAAAUUGUGCCUUAGUCCGAUCUGAUAUAGCUGUUAAAAGACCAAUCAAAGUAUUGUCAGAACAGCCAAUAGCAUUCUUAACUAAUUCCGUUAAAACGGCUCCUACUCCCGUCUUUUUCAUAAUAAGACUUUGAAACCUUGUUUCUUCUUUCAUUGUGGCCAUCCAAAUAGGCAUUGAUUUUUUUAAUAAUUGUAUCUUAAUUACUUCUGUUUUUAUGCUGUAUUGCAACUUUAAGUACUCUACUACUCUCCUCAUCACCAUCUUAAUGUCAGGGUCGACGGGAUCUGUCAAAGGCGCGUCAUUGCUAAGCUGGUAGUAAAUUUUGAGCUUGGUAAUAUCAACUGGUUGAUCUAAUUUUAGUUUUGGACUAUUUUCCCCAGCCAUAAUACUCAAAAGUGGUUUUAAAUCUACUGCGUGUCUUGUCAUGGGACCGGUACCUGCAAAAAAAAAUUUAAGGUUGACAUUAAUUUAAUAAGUCCUAACAGACUCUAACGUAGUAGGUAUUCGUUGAAUAAGCUGGCCUUUUUCUUUAUUCGGUAGAGUACAGAUAUUGGUUAUUUCUAGGGCUU